AUGGCUAGGAGAAAUGAGCGAGAACGACUUCUUACCGAGGCCUUGAACAACUUGGCGCAAAGGAACAACCCACCUACCUUCAAAGGGAGUUAUGAUCCUGAGGGUGCUGAGGCUUGGCUGAGGGAGAUUGAGAAGAUCUUCCAGUUGACGGAGUGUCAGGACCAUCAGAAGGUGUUGUUUGCUACCCACAUGCUAGCAGAUGAGGUGGAGUAUUGGUGGGAGAACACUCGUCCACGUUUAGAGGGAGCAGGUGGUGCUUUUGUUCCAUGGGGGACCUUCAGACAGACUUUUCUGGAGAAGUAUUUUCCAGAAGAUGUGAAAAAUAGGAAGGAGAUGGAGUUCCUUGAGCUAAAACAAGGGAGUAUGACGGUGGCAGAGUAUGCAGUGAAGUUUGAGAACCUUGUAAGGUAUUUUCCUCAUUAUCAGGGGGAAGCUGGGGAGAGGUCCAAAUGCAUGAAAUUUGUUAAUGGCCUCCGACCAGAAGUAAAGAUGAUGGUGAAUUGUCACGGUAUUCACAACUUUGCACAGUUGAUGAACAUGUGUAGGAUCUUUGGCGAGGAUCAGUGGGAGAAGAUUGCAUUUUAUAGGAACGUCAAUGCCAGACAUGGGAAAAAAAGAAGCCAAUGA